CAAUCAGAUCCACUUCUUGUUACGUUAGCUCAGCCUUGGCAUAACAACAGCCAGCUUGCGUGUCCUGCGAUCUCCUGAGCGUCAUCUGAUGUCAAAGUGAUCGCUUAAAAUGUUUGAUUAUCAUUAACAUUGUUUGUACAGGGUUCUGUGCUAACGUGGCAUCCGUGCGUACCAGCGACAUUGUUAAUCGGGGGGGGGCAAACUUAACGGUGAUCACUGAGCUAAAGCGUUACUGGCGUUAGCUGCGAAGCUAGCUAAUUGUAGUUAGCGAAGAAGAUGGGGUCCAUCCUGAGUCGUAGAAUCGCCGGAGUUGAGGAUAUAGAUAUCCAAGCCAAUUCGGCAUACCGAUUUCCACCUAAAUCAGGGAAUUAUUUUGCCAGCCAUUUCUUCAUGGGAGGGGAGAAAUUCGACACACCACAUCCAGAAGGCUACCUUUUUGGAGAGAACAUGGACCUCAAUUUCCUUGGAAACAGGCCUGUGCAGUUUCCGUACGUUACCCCAGCUCCUCAUGAGCCGGUGAAAACUCUACGCAGUCUGGUCAACAUCAGGAAGGAUUCUCUGCGUUUAGUCAGGUACAAAGACGAUGCGGAUUCGCCCACGGAGGAGGAGGCAAAGCCCAAGGUGCUUUAUGGCGUGGAGUUCACCUUCGACGCUGAUGCCCGUGUCGCCGUCACGCUGUACUGCCAGGCCUUUGAGGAGUUCUCCAACGGGAUGGCCGCGUACAACCCAAAGAGUCCGCUACUGGUGUCCGAAACUGUACACUACAAACGAGGCGUGAGCCAGCAGUUCUCCAUGCCGUCUUUCAAAAUAGACUUCAGCGAUUGGAAAGAAGAAGAUCUGAACUUUGACCUAGACCGGGGUGUAUUUCCAAUGGUCAUCCAGGCAGUGGUGGAUGAAGGGGAUGAUUGCUUGGGCCAUGCCCAUGUACUCCUUGCUGCGUUUGAAAGACAUGUUGAUGGCAGCUUCUCUGUCAAGCCCCUGAAACAGAAGCAAAUUGUCGACCGUGUGAGCUACCUGCUCCAGGAGAUCUACGGCAUUGAGAACAAGAAUAACCAGGAAACAAAGCCGUCAGACGACGAGAACAGCGACAACAGCAACGAGUGCGUGGUGUGUCUCUCGGAUCUGCGCGACACACUCAUCCUGCCCUGCAGGCACCUGUGUCUGUGCAACUCCUGCGCCGACACGCUCCGUUACCAGGCCAACAACUGUCCAAUAUGCCGACUGCCGUUCCGAGCCUUGCUGCAGAUCCGAGCGGUGCGGAAGAAACCCGGAGCACUGUCGCCCGUUUCCUUCAGCCCCGUGCUGGCCCAGACGAUGGACCACGACGAGCACUCCCAGAGCUCCGACUCGGUGCCCCCGGGCUUCGAGCCCAUCUCCCUGCUGGAGGCGCUGAACGGCCUGCGGUCCAUCUCGCCCGCCAACCCGUCCGCCCCGCUCUACGACGACAUCAACUUCUCCGGCGGCGGUGAAAGCCGAGCCCUCAGCUCCCCGGAGCAUCUCAGCGACAGCGGCAGUCUGCAGAAGAGCAAAGUCAGCAAGUCCCCAGACAGCAGCACCUUGAGGUCCCCGUCCUCUCCCAUCCAAGAGGAGGACGAGGAGAAGCUGUCGGAGAUGUCCGACGCCCAGCCCAACCCGCUGCUGUCCAGCAGUCCCGCUCCCACCGAGGCCACGGGCGUGGAGGAUGUGGCCGAGUCGCUGUCCCCGGACGACGAGGAGGAGGAAGAGGAGGAAGAGGAGGAGGAGCGGCCUCACUCCCGAGAGGAGAUCCUCCAGGACUGCAUCAGCGAACACAGUAGCCUGACCAAGACGGAGAGCGACCCGCCCGGAGACCUCUCCCUGCCAGGUUACUCUCUAACAACGCAUGCAAAAGUCACGGUGUACUCUACUGUGCAGACAUUUGCUGCAAAAUUCACAUCCUAUUGUCAGCUUCCAGCAGCAGACAACCUCCAAUGGUUUGGCCUAACACCUGCAAGUUCGUCCGAGUCCACGGAGAGCCUGAAGAGCCAGAGCACGAACUGCUCCAGCCAGCCGCUCCUCUCGUCUCCCAGGAACAGCUUCCACUUGGAGGACGAGCACCACUGAGGCCUGACACGGCCCUCCCCUCCGUACAUCACACACAGCACAGUCUCGCUUUUUAACCAUUUACCAGACCGCUCGUAUUAAUCGCCCUCUCAAUAACUACACGGGUUAUCUUUUUUAUAGGAUCUUUGUGUUGGGUUAUUUUUGUAUUAUCAACGACACUGAUGUCUGAAGGAUGACAUCUUUUUUUUUUCCUUUCUUUUUUUCCUGUAUCUUUCGAACUGACACCUGGAAGGAAUUAGUUAUUCCUGUGUUGUACCUCUCCGGUGUAAAAUAUCAAUAGGCCCUUUUCUCGCUUUAGCUGCCAUCCUGACUGUCAGAUGUUCAGCCGUCUUGGAGGUUUGUUGUUUUCUAGUCAUGUGGAACCCAGAGAUAUGUCGCCACUUUCCAUGGUGGUGGUUAAGCACACUUAUUUUAACUCUGCUUCACAUUAAAUCCAGAAACAGAAAUAAACCCAAAAUGACUUUGGGUGUUUUGCAUUUGCCUUUAAAUAUGUUGACCAAUUCACCCAUUGAAAAAAAAAAAAGUCUAAAAGUCGUUGACCAGAAUUCAGCGAGCAUACCAGUUGUCCAUACAGAACCAAUCUGAAAUCUUUUGUAAUGCACUCCUUGUUGUAUAUGCCGUGUUAAGAAUUGUUUUGUUUUUAUUUUGAAUGAUGUGAUGUAUUCAUGUAUGUCUUUGUAUCAUACUGUAUCUUUACUAGAAUCCUGUGUAGUCAUUUACUAAACUGUAUUCUUGCAUAUUGUGUAGGGAUAAGGAAAAUUAUAUAUACUGGUAUCAACGUAUUGGGAAGUAGGCUCAGCACCUUGUACAUACUCCUUAAGGUUCAAAUCGAUAAGAGCUAUAAAGUUCAUGAGGUCAUUCUUAAAGCUAAACACAAAGAUUCAAACAAUAGGUCACUAAAAACCUACAACUAGCAUAUAUACCAGUGCUAUGUGUAUGCUAACUGUAAAUGGCACAAUAAGCGGGCUUGUAGAUCUGACAUUUGGAGUCUCCAUUGUGAUGCCAGCAUCAGCUUCUGUGAUGUCGCUGCAGGGUUAACUCUAGCCUUACUUCAACCUUUUCCUGUGUGUGUGUUUGCGUGGGUGGGUGUGUGUGUGUGAGUGUGUGCGUAUCACCAUGCAUAUGUAAAGAUUUGUGUGCCUUGAGUUGGUAAGGCUGCUUGUGGCAUUGGGUAUUGGGGUUCUUUGGACUGAUUUCUUAAACUGUCCAUGUCAGUUUUUUUUCUUUGAGUUUGCCAUUCAAUUUGUUAAGCAGCCCCAGUUUUCUAUUUUCCCAUCUCGAUGCAAUAUGAAAGUUACUUUUGCAACAUUAACAAUGCACCAGUUACUGUUUUGUCUCCAUGUAUCCAUGUUAUGCAUUUUAAUCCCAACGUGUGCGCCGUGUGUGUGGUUUGAUUGACAAGCACACUCAUCCAAUGCAACUUAAGCAACCAAUCAUUUAGCAUUGGGCUAACUCACGCAUGUAAACUCUCAGAACCGCUUUAGCCUCUUACCGCUUUUAUGAAACAACAUGCUCCUCUAUCCUCUUAUGUGCCAUUUCCAUCCUGAUUCUGUGCCUUCCUCUUCCAACCACUAUUGACCUGGUAUCCAGGGUAACAGCAGUACGUGGUGUGUGGCUCUGCAUAACCAAUACCUGUCUUUUCAUAAAUGUAUAGCUGCAUGUGUAUAACAAUAAAGUCUGAUUCAAAACGAA